AUGCCCGAGGCCACCCCAUUUCAUCUCACCGCGCUGGACCACCAGCUCCUCUCCAUGACCGACGAGGAGUACGUCCCUCACGACUGGGCGGAGCUGCGGGACAUCAUAAGACGGAAUGAUCUCGCGGCGCUGAAGCGGAAACCCUCCGAUUUGCGCCGCUAUCUGGCUUGGUCCGCCCAGACCAAGGCGGAGUAUGGCUCCAUCAUGAAUUAUAUAUGCCAACGCCGCCUGCGUUGGCCGUUGCCAGAUGCUCAGGGUAACGGCACUGGGCCUUCCUUCAAGAACCCCCGCCCCUUUGCUGACCCCGAGGACUAUCGUAUCUUGCGGAACGACUGGCCCUAUGGGCUAGCCCCAGGCAUCUCGCAUCUAGUAGUGUGGCUAAAGACUCCCAUCGCCGUGAAGUCGGAGGAAGGCCAUUUAACGGAUGAGUCUAGGGCGCUUAUUGAAGGGUUUGUGCAGUCUCAGUUUGUGGAUCGAUUGGCCCAGGAUAAGGCGGGCCGUUUCCCGGAUGCCAAGUCGCAGGUGCUCUGGUUUAAGAAUUGGGUCGGGCUGCAGAGUGUGCGGGCUCUGGAGCAUGUCCAUAUUCUCCUGCGCGAUGUCCCUGAUGAUAUUAUUACAGAAUGGACGCACGAGAGGACCAUUGUCCAAGAAGAGUCAUAA